UUGAGAAAGAGCGAGUGGGGGGGGACUCACACACGAUACAUUCGUUUCGAAAGUUUAAUUUGCAUGUCUCUUAUACUUAUAUCAAGUAUAUUUAUAAAUUCGGUAUCAUGUGAUAAAUAUUUCAGAUGGGAUAUUUACUUAUAUGAACCCUUCGAGGACUUCGUCCUUCGCGUCAAGCAAGUGAAAGCACGACACAACCGUCGUCGCUAUGAAAACAAAAGCUUCGCUUUGAAGAAUACCAACAAGAAGCUGGUUUCUUGUUCUAGGCAAACCAAGUAGGCGUUUCACUUUCAACUGAUCCAGGAUUAUACACUUGGUCGUCAUUCGAGUCGUGUUAUUCAGUACAAGUAUAUUUUCUUCGUCACAAUUAUGUCGAAAAAAUUUUAUAAACUCGAAAUCAACAAAACAGAAUGGGAAGUCCCGGAACGUUAUCAAAUGCUCACUCCUGUAGGAUCUGGUGCUUAUGGCCAAGUCUGCUCAGCGGUAGAUUCACUAGCAAAUCACAAAGUAGCCAUAAAAAAGUUAGCAAGGCCCUUUCAAUCAGCUGUCCAUGCCAAACGCACUUAUAGAGAACUUAGGAUGCUCAAACACAUGAAUCACGAAAAUGUUAUCGGUUUACUAGACGUUUUUAAUCCUUGCUCAUCUCUAGAAGACUUUCAAAAUGUAUACCUGGUAACGCAUCUUAUGGGAGCUGAUUUGAAUAACAUUGUUCGAACCCAAAAACUUUCUGAUGAUCACGUUCAAUUUCUUGUUUAUCAAAUUCUUCGAGGGUUAAAAUAUAUACAUUCAGCAGGAAUAAUUCAUAGGGAUCUGAAACCGUCAAAUAUAGCUGUCAAUGAAGAUUGUGAAUUGAGAAUUUUAGAUUUUGGUCUAGCUAGGCCAACGGAAAAUGAAAUGACUGGUUACGUAGCAACGAGAUGGUAUAGAGCACCAGAAAUUAUGCUCAAUUGGAUGCACUACAAUCAAACAGUUGAUAUUUGGUCUGUUGGAUGUAUAAUGGCUGAAUUAUUAACUGGGAGGACGUUAUUCCCAGGAACAGAUCAUAUUCACCAAUUAAAUCUUAUUAUGGAAGUACUGGGUACUCCACAAGACGAGUUUAUUCAGAAAAUAUCGUCAGAGUCGGCUAGAAAUUAUAUCCAGAGUUUGCCAUCUUUGAAUAAAAAAAAUUUCAAAGACGUUUUUCGAGGAGCUAACCCAUUAGCAAUAGAAUUGCUAGAGUUGAUGUUGGAAUUGGAUUCAGAAAAAAGAAUAACUGCUGAGCAAGCAUUAGCUCAUCCAUAUCUAGCUCAAUAUGCUGAUCCCACCGACGAACCGGUAUCUUUGCCUUACGAUCAAAGUUUUGAAGAUAUGGAGUUGCCAGUCGAGAAGUGGAAAGAGCUAGUCUACCAUGAAGUAAUAAACUUUGUCCCCCAACAACAAUCGUUUCCAUCCUCAGAUACAUCACAACAGUCUGAUACUUAGGAAUAUAAUUAAUGUUGGCCAUUAAUUUUCUAAACGUAAUAAUGAAUUGUAAAAAAGCACACUACAGUACAACAGCAAUAAUAAACACGUAAAACUGCAAUAUUAAUAAAAAUAAUUAUAGUAUAAUGAAAUUACAAUGUGAUUUUGUAAAAAAAAUACAUGAAGAUUAAUUAUAACUACAGCGAAUAAUGUUUUUUUUUUAAACAGAAAAAAUAUUCGAGCUUGUCUUU